AUGGGCCAAGUAUAAAGGGUUGUAAAGUUUCAGAAGCUGUGGUUCGUUAGCAGAACUAUCUUGUGGUUUGAGAGGAUUCUGGAAGUACGAUCGGCGAAUCAGGUUUUGGCUUCUGAAUUCCUCGGAAAGGAAGGAAGCAAAAAAAAAAAUAAAAAUGGGAGAGACAAACCAAUCGGCCCCCAUCGAUGACGAAUUGCUUCUCAAAAACUUCUUCGCCGAAGUCAGCGAAGUCGAGAGGGACAACGAAGUCCUUAGGAUUCUCUCUUGUUUUAAGUUGAAUCCAUUUGAGUAUCUAAACCUAUCAUUUGAUUCAUCAGUUGAUGAUGUGAAAAAGCAGUACCGCAAGUUAUCAUUAAUGGUUCACCCUGACAAAUGUAAGCAUCCACAGGCCAAGGAGGCUUUUGGAGCAUUAGCAAAAGCUCAACAAUUAUUACUGGACCAAAAUGAAAGAGAUUAUCUUCUUAGCCAAGUUAAUUCAGCAAAAGAAGAACUUAGAGCAAAGAGGAAGAAACAGCUGAAGAAAGAUACAGCUUCAAAAAUUAAGUCUUUGGUUGAAGAGGGAAAAUAUGAUAAACAAUAUGAACAGUCAAAUGAGUUUCAGCAGGAGCUCAAAGUCAAAGUUCGCGAACUAUUAACAGAACAAGAAUGGAGGAGAAGAAAAAUGCAAAUGAGGAUAUCUGAGGAGGAAGGAAGAUUAAAAAGGGACGAAGAGGAACAGAAAGAAAUGUGGAAAAGAAAGCGUGAACAUGAGGAGGAAUGGGAAGGAACACGAGAACAGAGGGUAUCCAGUUGGAGAGACUUUAUGAAGGGUGGAAAGAAGAACAAGAAAGGAGAAAUUCGGCCCCCAAAGCUCAAGACGGAAGAUCCCAACAAAUCCUACGUUCAGAGGCCUGUAAAAAGAGGUUAGGGGUGACGGCAAUCAGCUGAACGAGGAGUCCGAGAGAACUUAUUCAUGCAUGCAGGCAGGCAGGCUAUCUAUUGUAUCAAAUUGAUACUUGUAACUUGUAGCUUAUCACUAAGGUCAUUUGAGGCAUGUAGACCUCCAUCCAAUGAAUAUGAAUAUCCCAUUAGGACGUUACACCCCAAUGUUGAUACAUAGGAAUUAUUAAGCUGAAAAAAGAAACCUUUAUUUCUGAUCAUCCGCAGCGAGGUAACGAGAUGUUAGGUUAGACAAGGGUUUAUGCAGAAUUUUAUUUUAUUCUAUACAAUUGACAAUUUCACGUAUUCAGCUUAA